AUGAAAUUUGAUAAAGUUGAUGGAUUUCAAUUAGGACAGGGGAAUUUUAAUGUAAAUAAUACUUCCAACACCCCACCAUCAAAGCGCCAGAAGAUAUCAGAUAGCGAUCGUAGCCAUCAUAAGCCGGGAUCAAUCACUCUCCAGCUCAAACCCCUAUCACUCCGUUCUCCCCCCAAAUCCCACGAAAGCAACUGCUACAGAUCGAUUACUAACUUUAUUGGCUGCUUGAUUGAUAAUAACCUCCCUAAUCAUCUCAAAGUUGAAACUCUACAGUCAAAUGUAAGAGAUUUGAUGAGGAUUUAUCUCAAAUCUUCGGAUUUGUAUGGCUUUAUAUUGAGAGAAGUACGCAGAGGUUUGGCUGCUCUCAAACCUCAAUCAUUCAAUCAGGACGAGCAUUCUGGUCUAUUUAUUCGCAGUAUCAGUGAAAUCUACUCAAAAUCAGAAAGCUGGAUGAAAGUUAUCAGAUACGUCUUUGCUGAUCUCGAUAGAUGUUAUGCCUCCAAAACGUCUGGUGUGCAACCGUUUCAAGUUCAAAUAGAACAUCUGUUUAGAGAAAUUAUCCUCAAUGACUCUCAUAUCUAUAAAUGGCUUUUUAUCGAUCUGAACAAUUGCCUGGUAAAAGUCAGACAAUCUCUUAGUUUCCUCACAAACAUACACCAUCCCGAGGGAUCAAUCGAAAAAGCUAUAAACACAUCAAAUCAACUCAACGAGCUUGUUCAAGUACACAACCUCUACCAGCUCGCUAAAUGUCUCGAUUGGGAGCUGCCGGCCAUUGCAAAUGUCUAUCUCCAGACUAUGGAUGAUGUAAUCGAAAAGGUAUGCGGAGUCGCUGUUGAUCAGUCUCUCAAGGUCAAUGAUGUGGUGAACAAAAUCUACUUGCACAAUUCCUUUGAGGAUGCAGUGAGUUGGAGGAUCGAUGAGCACUUUAGUUGGGACAACAGAAAUCAUAUGGCUAGAAAAUACUUGUCACUGACUUUCGACGGUAUAGUUAAAGCAGGAGUUGAGGAAUUAAUACCAUAUAGCUGGAAUAACUCAUCCAACAGAAGCACCAUUGAGUACAAUGAGAUACCAUCAAUAACAACACCCAAGAUAAGCUUGACAAGGGAGCUAAAUGAAAUAAUCAGGCACACACCCUACAAAGAAGACUUUGAUCUGCUGCUGCUGGAGAGAAUCAACAUCGUGAUCAAGAUGUUUGUGUCUAACGAGGAGAAUGAUCAGUAUUUAAUACUCGCCUUAAUUGGAACUCUCAGAGAACUGAAUAAAUUCUAUAGCCAUGUGUUUGACAUUCCCAUCACAUCAAGUUACUCGCAGUAUAAGGAAUCUUUCUCCAAGGGUUUACAGUUCAGAGCUAACAAGCCUGCCGAGAUGAUUGCAAAAUUUUUGGAUAGUCUGCUCAAAGAUAAACGCGGACAGGGCGAGAAUAUGGAGAAGGUGGUUGAUGGAGCUGUUGAACUUUUCCGUAUUGUCAAAGAUAAGGAUAUGUUUUCGGCAUUCUACACACUCUCAUUAGCAAGAAGACUUGUGAAGAAUACUUCAGCUUCCAAUGAUAAUGAGAGGGAUUUAAUCAGUAGAAUUACCAAAGUAGCUGGAUCAGAUUUCACUCAGAACUGGGAAGAGAUGAUGAAAGAUAUUGAGAUUUCCGAUGAAAUUUCGAACAAAUUCAGAGAUGCUCAUCAGACGAAACUCCAAAGAGCUACCAUCGUCCAAGCUGCAAGAUGGCCAUUUAAGGGGCAGCAUCUUUCGCUGAGGGUGAAGGAUAUGGCAGAUAAGGAUGCAUCAGAAGUUGCUAAACAGGCGCAUAUCUCACAAGGUGAUGUAACGAUACCGCAAUGGAUGACAGAAGAGUUGGUCGAAUUCACUCAGUAUUAUCAGGGCGUACAUGCCAACAGAUGUCUCACAUGGAACCAUUCCUUGGCUGAGGUUAGUUUGAACGGCGAGUUUGAAUCGAACGGAGGCGAGAGGAGUGAGAAAGAGAUAAUAAUGCCGCUACCUGCUUCACUGAUAUUGAUGGUGUUCAAUGAUAAAGACGAGGGAGAGAAAGUAAGUUACGAUGAGCUAGCACAAUCAACUGGACUACCCGAGGGAGAGCUGAAGAGGAUGCUGCAAUCGCUGUCAUUCGGUAAAGUAAAGCUGCUGCAGAGGUUCAAGAAGAAAGAUAGCUGGGCGGGCAAGGAGAUAAAGUCGAGCGAUAGCUUUGCAGUCGUGAAGGUGCUCGAGCAUCCAAGAAAGAGGUUUAGACUGCCGAUCAUAACGGCCGAAGUAGAUGUCGAAGAAUCUAAAGAAACGACAGCUGAAGUUGAGUCAGCUAGAGUGUUUGCAUUGCAAGCAUCUGCAGUGAGAGUCUUAAAGGCUAGGAAGAAGAUCAAUGUGAAUGAGCUUAUCCACGAGGUGAUUGCGGAUAUUGAGAAAAGAUUGACACUGAAGAAUGAGAUGGGAUUGGCGAAGCAGAUUAAGCAGACGAUUGAAGGGCUGAUUGAGAAGGAUUAUGCAGAGAGGAUAGAAGGGCAAAGAAAUAUGCUACAGUAUGUCGCCUAG